AUGUCCGGACCAGUCGAAAGAUGGCUAGAAACAUUUAUGUGCAAACAUUAUGCCAACGUUUUUGAUUCAUUCGGGUUCAAAACUCUACAAUCGGUAUGUCAACUUCAACCACACCAACUACAAGCUAUGGGUGUAGCUCAAAAUCAUUGUGACCUUAUUUUAGAAAAUGUGUGUGUUCUACGACAAACCAUGUCAGUUGGAGUAGCAAAGCAUUCAACUAAUCAAAGUUAUGGUGAUAAUCCUGUAAAUCCUGCAAGCAGUGCUUUAAGAUCUGUAGCCAUGACUACAAAUUAUCCACAAUCACAUGGACCAAACCCUGCAUUGCAAGAUGAUUACACUUAUGGCUCAAAUAGUAACCAGAAUAAUCCAAAUUCAGUAUAUCCAAAACAGUAUGAAGAGCCACAGUCUGACAUGACUAGAAGAGGUUAUGGCAGGUAUUCAGAACAAAACCAAGCAAUGGCAAUGCAGCAACAGCAGCAUCACCAACAGCAACAAAUGUUCCCACCUGGUUCUAAUUACAUUCAUCAACAGUAUGGAAAUCAACAAUAUUUCUCUUCCAAUCAGCCAAAUAGUGCUUACUAUAACUCUGCCAAUCCACAACAUCAUCAACAGCAACAACAGCAGCAACAGCAACAACAGCAGCAGCAACAGCAGCAUCAUUUCAGCAGACAACAAAUGAUUCACAAUGUUAAUCCACAAGCAGUUGCUGAUAACAUUUUACAAAUGGCUUCAUCUUACCCUUCAAGUCAAACAGUUCAGGUCCCUUUGAAUAAAAAUAGAGCAGCUCCAUAUCAUGUUCCACAACCUUCACAUAACUACAACAUACCAAAUCAAACCAGUCAGAAUAUGAUGUCCAUGAACCAACAAAGAAUUUAUUCAAAUGCCAUGAAUGCUGGUCCUCAACAGCAGGCUACUCGAACAUCUCCUAUCAGUCCUAUGCCAUUACAGAGUCCAGUAUCUCAUCAUAGCAGUCAGAGUGUACCUAGUCCGUCAUCAAUUCAUAGUCCAUUGAGAUCACCAGCUCAAUCACCUGGUGGUGGAAUGAGGUCACCAUGUGGUGUUCAACCAAUGGCUUCUCCACAUCAACCAAUGAGGUCACCUAGCCAUGGCCAUGGUCAUCAUUCUCAGCAGCAACAGCCAGUCAAUUCAUCGCCUCAGAGGAUGUCUAACAUGAGGUCACCAGUACAAACUCAUUACUCACCAAACCAUGGGAGUAGUCAUACAACUUCUCCUUAUCACACACCUAAUAUAGGAGUUCAGAGUCCGACAAACCACUAUAGUCCACCUGCACCACCAGCACCACCUGUAUCCUAUAUUAAUACUGAAUCAACUAAAGACAAGGUCUCAUAUUCUCAAUCUGAUCCUGUCAACCCUCUUCAAUCUUUACAAAAACUCGUCAUGCUUCCUGAAAGUCGGGUUGUUGAUCCGAAGAGUGUUGUGAAUGAUGCUUGUUCGUCUUCGCCCCAAGUUAAUGACAAUUCAAAAAACUGUGAUAGCUCUGCAGAAUGGCUUAAUAAGGAUUGCAGCUGUUCUGCGGGAAGCACUAAUCAAAGCAGUCCAGCAGAAACCCGCCCAUUAAGUUCUUGUUUAAAUGGUAAAAAUUGUGAUGAGACAAAGAACAGUGACAUUGUGUCUGAAAAUGUUUCUCCAGUUAAUGAAGGAACAAUGUUAGAAUCAAAAACUGCUGAUAAAACAAUAAUUGUUAGGAAGAACACUCCAAACACACUUCCAAAUGGUGUUGCAGAGGAUCAUUUAAAAACAUCAAUAGAAACCAAACAAAAAUUGUCCCCACCAAAGAAAAUGUUGCUGAAUGCUUAUAACGAGUCAUUACAGGAUAAGGUAGAGGAAAAAGUUAAUGAUUUUGAAGACAGUAAAAUUAUUGAUAAACAAGAUCAGAAUAUUAAAGACAAUUCUAGUUGUGACAAAAUAAUACCGAAACAAUCUGACCAUGAAACAAGUGCAAAAACAAACUGCCCUCAUGAUCUUUUGACAACAAAUUCAACUGUUCUGGAAACUUCAGCUCAUAAAUUAGAUGACAAAGUGAUAGGGGACUGUAUAGUAAAAAGUUCAAUAGAAUCACCUGUAGAUGAGGUUGGCAAUCAAAAGCCCUCUGAUCCAUCUGCAGACAGUUCAGUAAAAACUUUGUCAGGAGAUAAACUAAAUAAAGUGACAACAGAUUCUGAAUUGGAAUGCUCAAUGGAGCCUUCUGUAGAUAAGUUAGAUAGUAAUGUGUUAGAUAGUAAUGUACCAUCCGAUUCCAAAAAUGAUCUUUGUGGAGGACCUUCAGUAGAUGGUGCUUCAAAAUUACUAGAAAAUAAUUCUAGUGUGAAACAAUCUGAUAGUGAAUCAAUUGUAAAUGAUCAAAAAGUAACCAACCCUGUUAAAUCACCUGUUGAUACUAAGAGUGAAGAAAGUGAAGAAGAGUUACAUGUGCGUAAAGAUACUGUGAACACAUAUUCUCGUGUUAGAUUAACCACCUCAAGUAGUAGUGUAGAGAAAAUGAGAAAUAAUUCUGAUAAUGAAAACAAUGAGAAUGCUAAGAUUGUUUGUGAUGAUAGUGACGAUGAAGAUUUUAGUUUCACUAUUGAAGAAGAGGAAAGUGAAGGAUCAUCUGAAGUUCAUUCAGAGGUUGAGGAGAAUUACCAUCUGGAAGAAGAUGACUUAUUGAAUGAUGAAGAAGAUAUUAAUGAAUUACGUAAUAAACUUAAUGCUUUUUCACAGUCCACUGUAGAAACUCAAUCUAAAGUUGGAAUGAAAACUGAAUUCAAAACUGAGAGUAAUGUUCCUUCAGAUUUGGAUUCAGUAAGUAAAGUGUUAUCACCCAAUCGAAAUGGCAAGCAAAACCCACGAAAUACACCACCUAUUUUAAAACGUGAAGGAGUUCCUUCGCAAAGUUCUACACCUUUGAUUGUUAAAGAUGAAAACUUUAAAAGGAAGCGAAAUUCUGCUGAAAGUAUUAUAACUGUAAAGAAACCAAAAGUAGAUAGUGAAAGUGAACCAGAAGUGGUUGAAAUUACUGAUUCAAGUGAUGAUGAAAAACCUUUAAUAGAUUUAAAACUUCCUUCAACCUCUACACCAACUUUAAAACAUCAAAUUAAAAAAUCCAACUCUCCUAUUAAAAAUUCUGACAUUUCAUUAAUUCUGAAGUCUGAGCCAAUUACAAGCUCUUCAAAUAAAAAAACAAACAAGUCUAAAUCAAUGACAAACUCUUUUAGAAACAGUAAAUGUAAAAAGUCAGGAAAGAAUCAUAAAAAGAAAAACCCAACUCCAGACAGCAAGGAACAUUUUAAAGACAUGAAUUUUGGGAAAACAUUAAGUCUUUUGAAAAAUAAGAAGAAAAGUGAACACAGUCAGAAUGUUAGUCCAUUUGUUAGACUUGUAGGUAGUAAGAGUGAACCUUUUUCUGUAACUGUAUAUAACGUACACCCUAAUGAAGAGGAAGAUAUGAAACAGAAGAAAAAUAAAGGUCCUGUUUCUUCAACUAUUCAAAUAUCUAAUUUGCCUUCAGAUAAGUCCAUUAUGUUACCCCAUUCACAAACUAUAAAUGAAGGCAAUUGGGUUUGUGCAUUGUGUGGUAAACGUAGUAGUUAUAAGUUUCUAGGUGAUUUAUUUGGACCUUAUUACAUUGACUGUCAUAUUCCAUUAGUGAAAAAACAAGUAGAAGGCGAUAAUAAAGCUAAAAUACCAAAAAUUGUUCCUGAGAGAAAACGUCGAAAAUCUAAAGACAGACAUUCUUUAGACUCUGAUACUAAACCUAAUGAAGUGUGGGUGCAUGAAAAUUGUACCUUGUGGUCUGAUGGAGUAUUUCUUGUUGGAUCAAAAAUCUAUGGUCUGGAAGAAGCAAUCAAAGUAGCAUCAUCUUCCGUAUGUUCCAUAUGUAAAGAAAAUGGUGCCAUGAUUGGUUGUUUACACAAGGGUUGUGAACAGAAAUUUCACUUUAUGUGUGCUGCUGAAUCAAAAUGUUACUUAGAUGAAGAUAAUUUUUCUUUAUUAUGUGUUCAACACAAGGGUAAAAGAAAGAAAGAUUUAGAUAGUUCUAAAAGUAAAACCUGACAGUAAGACAUGGAAGAGAAAGUUAUUUCAUGUGCUUGAAGUCUGUGGUGUAGAGAGUACUAAAUGUUGGUAGAAGAGUUUGGAAUUCAUAAUUGUUAAUUGAAACAUAACUUUUUUUUAGUUUGUAUUCAGUUUACAGUUUUCUAACAACAUUAUUGGUGAACCAAGUACAUCACAUGUUAUUUUAAACUGAUGUUUUACCACAUAUACUGAAUUCAUAUGAUGAUAAUAAACAACACUAACAUACUUUAAAGUUAAAUUAAAGGGAUUGUAAAGGUGUUUUCUAUUGGAGGCACUGAUAGCAUAAAAUUUAAUCAUUCCAAUUUUAAGACAGACAUAUGUGGUUUGUGCAAUUCCACAAAUUUUUUGAUGAUGUCAUUAAUCACAAAAUGUGCCUUAUCACAUUAGGCCCUUCGUGAUUAUUAACCACAAAUACCUGUUUGAAAAUAGGUAUGGUGCAAAUUGAUGCUAUCAGUGUCGAUACACAUAAAAAAUUGAGAAGAUCUCCUUACAAUCCCUGUAAGUACAAUUAAUAGAGACAAUGUCUUGUGUUGUGUAUGGUGUGGGAUUAACAAUAAAAAAGAAAAUAGCAAAGUGAAUACAUGUUGAACAGCUUCAGAUAUGAUGCAGACACGAUUUUCUUAUAUUUCGGAUAAUCCAGUGCCAUAUAUCGGCUGUAUCAAACAAUCUUUAUUGUUAUGAUUUCUUGAUUGUUCUUCUUACUAAUGGAAUUAAUAUUUUCGAUCGAUGAAAGGCAAAUGGUGAUGCAUUUUCAAUCAAACACUAUAAACCACUAUAAACAUGGCAAUUUGUGUACUUUAUUAUUGGUUAUCUGGAUUAAUACUAUAUUUUUACAACUUAAGGCGUGUCUUUUCAACUUUUUAACAUUAAAGCAAAAUGUGAAGACUUCUAAAAACAUUGUGCUGCUUAUUUUAAGACUUAAAACUCUCCCAAUUAGUUGUAAAGAUAAAGAAUUAGUCUAUUGUAUUCUCUAUUAAUUUAACGUUAGUUUCAAUAUUUGAUUGUUUGUGAAAAUACAAUUCAACACCAAUAGUUUUUAUACAGAUUCUAACAUUUCUGUUGAAAUAUGUGUGGAAUUAAAGUUUCACUUUGUUAAUGUGCUUGUUCUAGUUUGAAUCUGUUUUAAACUUUAAAUUAGCAGUUAUACAAUUUUAUAUUCGGCAGAAUAAAUCUUUUGAUGAAAAUUUACAUGCAGCUGAAUACUUUGCUAACUUUGCUUUCUUUCAGUUCCCUCCCUUCAAGAACUAUUGAUAUCACUGUCUCUGUAUGCCCUAAAAUCAAAUGAGUUCUCACAUGGAAUUCAGUUAUAUCAUGAUGCUAAAGUCCUAAUGCAAGCAGGAAAUUGCAAAAGGAUUCAAUGAA